AUGAGAGAGCCCUCUGAGAGGAAGUCGAAGAAGAAAACUCUGAAGCUGGGAGAACCUUCAACCAGAACGCAUGUGCCUCUAGACUCUUCUGCCUCUAGUAAGUCUCAUCUCCCUGAAACUCCUUUAUCUUCUAUUUUAAAGCAAAUAUCUUCCUCUCUACCUCAACCAUCUUUUACCUAUACUCCUUCUAAACCCACUAUCUCUAUCCCAACUCCCUCCGAACCUACUAUCUCUAUCCCAACUCCCUCUGAACCUCACAACUCUGAAACAAACCCUUCCUCACCCCCUUUACAAAAAUUCGACCUCACUACCACAACACUUCCUAUAUCUGAAGCCUUACUUCUAAAUGAACCCAUUUCACCUCCCUCUUCAACUCCCUCAUCUCCACCAUACUAUGACCUUUCCUCUGACGUUGAUCAGACAGAUAUUCAUGACCCUUCAUCUCCAACCCUGGCUCAACUCCAAGUCACAACAACCUCUGAACAUACCAUGUCCAUCCCAGACACCUCUGAACCCACACCAUCUCUAUCAACACCUCCUUUAGCACCUUCAUUAACCAUAGCAACUUCUGAACCUACCACCGAACCUUAUGAAAACACUCCAAUUCCCUCUGACCCUAUUAAUCCAUCAUCUGAACUUGAACCAACCUUCUUAACCCUGGAAGAGUCAUUUGCUUUAUUUUUAGAAUGUUCAGUUGUGAAGCUCAGCACACUGUCUGAAUAA